UGACGGGCGGGGACUGCGGAGCCGACGGGCUGAAGGGGCGGAGAGGUGGGCGUGGCUGAGUUAACCCCGCCCCCGAUCAGCGACCAAUGGGCGGCGGCACCGCCCGGCGCGCGGGAGAUUCGAACGGCGCGUCCGGCGGGGCCGGGGCGCAGUGCGGCCGCCGCCGCCAUGGGCGCCUCCGGCAGCGCCCCCGCCACCCCGGCCGCGCCCCGCAACAAGCACCUGGCUCACGUCAGCGACCCCCGCUCCCCCACCGCCGGCAUCCUGCGCACCCCCAUCGAGGUGGUGAGCUCCCUGGCGGGCAGCCCGCAGCCCAGCCCCGCCGAGCCGCCGGCAGGCACCGGCCAGGAGCGGGACCCGCGGUCGCCCACGCCCGGUAUCUCCCGCACGCCCAUGAGAGCCGUGUCGAGUGACAGCGUGGACCGCCUGGUGAAGCAGCUCAGCGAGGCCUUCGGCGCCGAGGCCGCGGCCCCCGAGCCGGCGCCUCCGGGAGCGGCGGGCCCCGCCGAGGAGCCGGCCCGGCGGAGCUCCCCGCCCGCGGGAGAAGGGGCGGAGAGGCCGCCCUCGCCCAGCACGGCCCGGCCAGCCCGCCCUGCCGGGCACGGCUUCCCCUCGGUGAGCAAGCCUGUAAGACACAAGCCCAACAACAAAUUCAUGGCAACAUCUGGAGGAACUGGCCGCUCUCCCCUCAGCAUUCUGCAAGAUGAUAAUUCUCCCAGUACUCCUGCCCCUCGCCAGGGCAAGAGGCACGUGUUGGGAGAGAACCUUGGGGAGAAGAAAGAAGUGGAUCUGAGCAGGAGCCUUAAAUCUGGGAACUGUGCCUGGAGUGACUUGAACAAGGAGAACCAGCAGUGUCCUUUUGUGGAGAACUAGACAUUUCUUUUUUCAGCAUCUUGCUGUAAUUUGCUUCUAUGUUUUGAGAAUUUUCUAGAGGGAAGAAAUCCUACAAUAGACUGAAACCCCAAAGCAGUGGUCACAUUUCUCACCUAUCCUGUUGGGGAAAGAUUUCUCCCUCCUCUUCCUAGCUUGUCAUGUCUAAUGUACAGCACAGACUUUUGUCUCUUUUAUUGUGUAUCAGCUGUACUGGUUUUUCCAUAGAGUUUUUAUCUCGAGUAAAUAAAUUUGUGUUCAACCUU